AGAACAAAGCUGAACCUUGAUCUGCAUUAGUGGUGCACUCUGCUUAGUGUCACAGGGUGCACAUACAGCAUGCAGACUGACUGAGUAUGACCUAGUUGCAAACAGUUACGUUUGCUCUGCCCUGUCAAUUUAUGCAUACCGUUUCCAGAUGAAACUUGUCAUAUCUCUGCUUUCCACAAGAGUGAGCAAAAGUGUACACUAAAAUAAAGGCAAACAUCAUCAAAUGGGUUUGCUAUCAAUUUUGCGAAAGCUGAAAAGUGCCCCGGACCAGGAGGUCCGGAUUUUGCUUCUUGGGUUGGACAACGGUGGCAAGACCACUCUGCUCAAACAGCUGGCCUCAGAGGAUAUCAGCCACAUUACACCAACACAGGGUUUCAAUAUCAAAAGUGUGCAGUCUCAAGGUUUCAAACUAAACGUGUGGGACAUUGGUGGGCAGCGUAAGAUCAGGCCCUACUGGAGGAACUACUUUGAAAAUACAGAUCUUCUGAUUUAUGUUAUUGACAGUGCAGAUCGCAAACGAUUUGAAGAAACAGGACAGGAGUUGGCUGAGUUAUUAGAUGAGGAGAAACUCAGUGGGGUUCCUGUUCUCAUCUUUGCUAAUAAACAAGACCUCCUCACUGCAGCCCCUGCAUCUGAAAUCGCUGAGGGACUGAACCUGCACACCAUUCGGGACCGAGUGUGGCAGAUCCAGCCCUGUUCAGCUCUCACUGGUGAGGGUGUCCAGGAUGGCAUGAACUGGGUCUGUAAAAGUGUGAACGCAAGAAGGAAGUAGACCUGCAUACUCUCUAUGCAGUCUUUCCAGGAAAAGCAGUGUGUACCUUUGUCAAAACCAGAUCAUCUUUGGACUGGCACUAAAUUUCCAGAACUUUUCGAAUCUAAUACUGUGAUCUUACACAUCUACUUUUGAAUAGUCCUGUACACAUUCAAAAUUUGAAGAUCACAGGUUAUGUCUGUGACUGAUGCUUUCUGUCUUUGAUGAUCAUUCUUGUCACUCCACCUAGUAAUGCAAUAUUUUUGACUAUAUUAUUUUUUUUCUAAGUAUAUUUUUGUAACAUAUUGAAAUUGUAGAAGGCUUUAAUAUCACUUUUCAUAGAAUGCCCUUAAAAGGUUGUUGUGCCCAAACCUUCAAACUUCAUGUACAAAAUGGCAGUAUAUGAAAUGUGUUUAACAGUCCAAUGUACAUAAUUUGGAAAUUAUCAAAAUAUUUUCUGCAAACACUAAUAUAAAACUGAAGUAACCGGUGUAUUUAUAAAUAAUGUCAGUUUGAGCGUCUUCCUGUGGUACCUCUGAAUCUAUUGCUGUUGUAUGUAAAAUAAUGAAAGAUAUCCGUAAAAUAAAGUUCUGCGAGAUUAUCUGG